AUGGCGCGUGCCUCCACAGGCACCGGCGGUGGUCGUAGCGGUGGUCGUCGAGGGGGCGCCAACGUCAGUUCCUCUGUACCAUUCUCCUCAGCAGCCUACUCUUCCGGUGGCAACUCCAAAUCUAGGCGCACUCGUCGCUCAUCCGACUCCACAAAUGCCGGUCCAAAAAGCCUGCACGACGUAUACGACUAUGCGCAAGCUUCCUCCUCGGCUAGCUCCAAGCAGACCAAAGGCGCUCGGCGUGCUCUUGCCGGUAUGAAGGCGGAUGAUUACGCAGAUUUACCUUCCAAGGCUAAGGGCAAGCAGCCGAGACGACGUGCAGAUGAUGAUCAAGAUCCAGAGGAUGACGAACAAGAGAGCGAUGAUAGUGACGCUACGCCAAUUGGACCCAAGGUGUUCGAUUCGGACGACGAGCUGAACAACAGCAUUCAGGGAAGCGACGAGGAGCUCGAUUCGGAUGAAGCUUUCGGCGAGAGCGACGAAGAAAAGUUUCAAGGAUGGUCCUUCGGUCAAGGAGCCAAGAGCAACAAACGUUCAACGAUGGACUCCGACAAGGAAGAAGAUCAAGACGAACAGAGCGACGACGGAGACGACGAUGGAAUGAUGGAUCUAUCUCGCAUGCUCGACGCUGGCUCCGAAUCGUCCGACGACGACAACGACGACGUGGACGCAUCAGAUGAAGAAAAUGAUCAGAGCAGCAGUAAGCUCGCCAAGCACAUCGAGUCGUUUGCCGCUGGCUCCAAGCGCACCACUGCCAAUUUGGAUUCCGAAGCCGGCUCGGAUGCUGAGCCUUCGUCAAAGCGCCCUCGUCGUGUUCUGUCCGAACGCACCGAGGCUAUUCCUGAGACCGAGUUUGCCGCAGCACACUCUGGCUCCACUCUUCGCCUCGAGGAUUUUAUGGACCCACUCUCGUCCAACAUCGACUUUGCCGACGUACGCAAAAACACCAAGCUUCUCGCCAACUCCAAGUCUGGCUCCUCGAACGCGCCAGCUGCGUCCAAAAAGGGCGGAGGAGCACUUCCGGCUCCGCUCCCCUCGGUAGUGCAAGAUCGACUGGACAGGCAAGGUGCCUACUCGAUCACACGCGACGAGGUGCAAGGCUGGCAACCUACCAUCAAUCGUCUGCGUGAUGCUGAGCACCUUUCGUUUCCGCUGCAAAAGCCGGCGGUGACGAAAGCGUCCACUUCAGGCUUGGUUGCCACAUUUACUCCCGACAACGACAUGGAAGCUUCGAUCGCCGCUAUGCUCACCGAGGGCGGCUUGACCGAAAAACAGCUAGCCCAACAAGAAGAUCUUGCCAUGAACAAGCUCGAUCCGCAAGAAGCGCGCGCCAGGCGCGACGAGUUGCGACGUAUGCGCAUGCUCAUGUUCCGUGCCGAGCAGAAAGCCAAGCGCGUGAGCAAGAUCAAGAGUAAAGCGUACCGCAAAAUCCAUCGCAAAGAAAAAGAGCGACUCAAGGAGCAGAUCAACCAGCUAGACUCGGAUCAGGAAGACUUGGAUUCAGACCACGAGAUGCAAGAGCGUCUGAAAGCCGAACGCGAACGAGCACGCGAACGUGCGACGCUGAAACACAAAAACACAUCCAAGUGGGCCAAGAACAUCCUUUCGUCGCGCCACGGCGAACACAACCAGCAAGCACGCAACGAGAUUGAAGCUCAACUUCGACACGGUGCCGAGCUGCGCAGCAAGAUCCAAGGUCGCGAGAUACGUGAUGAUUCCGAGUCGGACGGCGAUUCUCAUGUCACUCGAGACGCCGAUGGCCACCAUGACGACGAGCAGCAGGUAGUCCGAGACGCGUUUGACGAACUCGAAGCGCUCGAAGCCAAGCAAGAAGCGAAACGACGAAAGGAUGAAGCCGAAUUCGAACGAGUCGGCGGCAAAAAGGGCGUUUACAACAUGAAGUUUAUGAAAGACGCUCGCGAAAGGCAAUAUGCGCACAUUCGCGGUGAGGUGGAUGACUUUGUGAGCGAGAUGCAGGCGCUGACUGGUGACGGUGACGAAAACGAAACCGAAACCGAAAACGGAAACGGAAACGAGGGCAGUGGCGAGCAAGACGUGCGUCAAGCUGUGACUGCCAAGAACACCAAGGAUGGCCAAAGUGGCAGCUCAACCUACGUGCAGGGCAACAAAGGGCGUGCGAUGUAUGGGCGCGCCGCGUCGUCGACUGCCUCCACAGCUGUGGUGCCAAGUGCCAAAGUGUCUAACAAGGCGGACAGCUCUGAUUUGCAACAGCAACAGCAACAGCAACAGCAACAGCAACAGCAACAGCAUCAACGACGUUCGUCCGCCGACACUACGGCGCCGGGCAACGCAAGUUUGAGCGAUGUGCAAGUCCGAGGCAACACCACGAUAGACAAGCGAACGCGAAGCGAAGCCAAGACGAAAACGAAAACGAAAACGAACCCUCUGAUCGACACUGUCGACCAUGAUGAUGACUCUUCGAAUCCGUGGCUCACGAUCUCGUCUGACGGACAAGCGACCAAGUUGUCACGCAAGAAGAAUGAAUCUGUCUUGUCGCACGCGACGUCGUCGCACGCGGCGGCAUCCAAGUCGGCAUUGCGCGCGACCAAGGCUGCGGCCAAAAGUGCAUCUGCCAAUGCGGCACGACGGAGUGACGAGGCGAUUUCGAUCGAUUUGUCGUCGCGACUUGGAAAUGCUGAUGCGGACGAUGAGUUGGCGAAGCGGGUCUGCGAUGCUGCGAAACCGCGUCGUGAUCGACGAGCACUGGAGCAACGGGAUCUUGUUGCUGAUGCAUUUGCACAUGACGAUGUAGUCUCGGAGUUUGUUGCUGAGAAACAAGCAAUUGCCACUGCGGACGCGAGCAAGUCGGUCGACACACGCCUACCCGGCUGGGGCUCCUGGACCGGCAAAGGCAUCCGGCGCUCAUCUAACCACCCGCACCUCAAGACGAUCGCCGGAAUCGCCCCGGCGCAACGCAAAGACGCCCACCUCGCACACGUCAUCAUCUCGGAAAAACGCGACAAGAAACAAGACAAGUUCCGCACAUCCACGCUCCCCUACCCCUACACGUCCAUCGCCCAAUACCAAGCCUCGCUCGCCCAACCACUGGGCAAGGAAUGGAACACGCGCAUCGAAUCCCAACGCCUCAACCUCGCCAGGGUCUCGAAGAAACCCGGAAAACUCAUCACCCCGAUCCUCAGAAAGUUCUGA